AUGGGUGAUAAGGUGUCGUACACAAAGCCAACGAAAGAAGGAGAGAAUAAACGGCUACAGACCACCGCACCUGGACAAGGGCCUAUAAAACAUAGACGUACAAGAUUAGACCUUAAAAAAGGUGAAUCUGUAUUAAAUGUAGAGAUUACCGAUGGAAGUCAUUACGUGCCUUCUUCUCUCGCGACACGUGGCAAGUACGAAGAGAUACUCAAUCUACUACAGAAGAUGCUAGUAGACCAGCCACAGGAUGUACUGAAGGAUGCUUUCGACGAGGUAAUGACACAUCUUAGAUCACCCGGACUAAAAGCAGAAGAGAGACGGAAAUUGUGUGAGGAGAUACUCGGGCCUGUGGAUGACGAUCUAUUUUACAGAUUAUACCACGCUACCAAGGACCUAGUAGAUUUCGGAGGUGGUGAUGAGCCUAGGGAAUCUACUGAUGUCACUGAUAAUCCAUCAGGAAUAGCUGUAGUUUUUGAUGAAGAUGAUCUCGAGGACUCGGAUGUACAUAGUGUAGACGAUGACUAUGAAGAAGAUGAACAUGCAGAAUCACAUAUACAAACAAUACGACGUGAAGGCACGGAAUAUAAUGAAACUGAUAAGUAUCAUCUUGCAAUCAGUAAAAUAGAUCCACAUUGGUUGCAAAGGGAACUUAAUCUUAUAUUUGGCGAUCCGAAUCUAGCAGUUGCUACGGAAAAGGAGAUAUUAUCCGCUCUUGGCAUACCCGAUGUACAGGAAUGCGAAAACAAGCUAGUUUUGAUCCUAAAGUAUGAAAAUUUCGAAUUCGCCAAAUUAGUAUUGCGUAAUAGAUGGAAAAUUAUGUAUUGUACUAGGCUGGGGCAGGCACAAAAUGAUACAGAAAAGGAAGCUAUUUUCGAUGAAAUGCGACAAUCUCAAGAAGGCAUGGAUGUACUACAGGAACUGGAAGAAGUUCAUUUGAGACGAACUAAAGACCAAGAACUGACACUCAAUGUAACACGUGAAGCGUCGAACCUUGCACGGCAAAACGCUAAACGUGAAGGAAAUGAACUAGAUGACGACCAAGAAGAUAUUAUACCUGAAGCUGUACCAACGCCCUCGGAUACGAGUACCACAGGACAACUCAUGGUGGUUGACCUAGAGGCACUGGCUUUCAAAGAUGGAGCACAACACAUGACUAACACAAAGGUGGUGUUACCACCGGAAUCGGAAAGAAUAGAACAUAAGUCAUACGAUGAAUUGAUUAUAUACCCUCUAGAAAGACCGAAAGAUCUUCAAAGGAAAUCAAUCAAACAUCUACCAGAAUGGACACAUGCCGCUUUCCCAGGGGUAGACUCGCUCAACCCUGUACAGUCUGUAAUUGCAGAGGUAGCUUUCGAGCACUUUGAGGAGAACAUGCUUGUUUGCGCCCCAACAGGAGCUGGUAAAACGAAUGUCGCCGUACUGGCGAUGCUAAGUGUCAUGGCUAGACACAGGGAUGAGAACGGCCAUCUCAAUAUCCACGAUUUCAAAAUCGUAUAUAUAUCGCCAAUGAAGUCGCUAGUCAUGGAACAAGCACAAUCGUUCUCACAAAGGUUCGCGCCUUACGGGAUGAGUGUACGCGAACUUACCGGUGACAUGAGUUUAACGAGAAACCAGUUGAUGGAAACACAACUACUUGUGGUCACACCUGAAAAAUGGGAUGUUGUUACACGUAGGAGUGGUAUGGAGAACACAGUACAACUCAUAAUCAUUGAUGAAAUCCAUCUACUACAUGAUAAAAGGGGACCGGUAUUGGAAUCGAUAGUAGCAAGGACUAUGCACAAUGACAGGAAGAGUAAACUGAAGACGAGAUUAGUUGGACUAAGUGCUACAAUGCCAAAUUAUGCAGAUAUCGCUGAGUUUAUUAAAGUUAACCCUGAACGUGGAUUAUUCUAUUUUGGAAACCAUUAUAGACCAGUGGGCCUCGAGCAACGCUAUAUAGGUAUAAAGGAGAAAAAGGCAGUGAAACGUUACAACUGUAUGAACGAAAUAGUCUAUGAACGUGUUAUGGAAGAUGCAGGUAAAAACCAAAUAUUGGUCUUUGUACAUAGCAGAAAGGAAACUGCAAGGACAGCCAAACUUAUAAGGGAUAUGGCGUUUAAAACAGAUAACCUCAGUUUGUUCCUACACAGUGAUAGUGCGUCACGUGAAAUUUUGGCUACUGAAGCAGAAGCUAUAAAAACAGCGGAACUAAAAGAGCUACUGCCAUAUGGGUUCGGGAUACACCAUGCUGGGCUACCUCGGUCUGACCGAAAGCUUGUAGAAGAUCUUUUUUCAGAUGGACAUAUACAACUGUUAAUCAGUACCGCUACGCUUAGUUGGGGUGUAAAUCUACCUGCUCAUACAGUUAUCAUCAAAGGCACGCAGGUAUAUUCACCAGAAGAAGGCUGUUGGACUGAACUAUGCCCAUUGUCGGUACAGCAGAUGAUGGGACGUGCAGGUAGACCACAAUUCGACAAGGAAGGCAAAGGGAUAAUUAUCACAGCACAUAGUAAAUUGCAGUUUUAUCUAUCCCUGAAUAACCAACAACUACCUAUUGAAAGUCAACUAGUAAGCAACUUACCAGAUCUCCUAAAUGCCGAGAUAGUUCUGGGUAACGUAAUGGCACGCAAAGAUGCUGUCACAUGGCUAAAGGAUACCUAUUUCGCUAUAAGGAUGCGUAAAGAACCACGUUUAUAUGGUGUUAUACCAGCAGAGGAGGAGGAGGAGGAAGGGGAGGAACAAGAUGUACCCAAUAUAGAUGAAGAAAUGUUCAUUGCAAGAUUAGAGUCGUUGGCACAUACUGCUUUGUUAGAACUUGAUAAACAUGCAUUGAUAAGAUAUGAACGACGUAGUGGCUCUAUCAAGUCAACACCCCUUGGAAGGAUUGCAAGUCUAUAUUACCUAAAACCAUCUUCUGUCAAGACAUAUGUUGACAACAUGAAAGCGGAUUUAUCUGACCCCGACCUAUUGAAGGUAUUCUCUGCUAGUGCCGAAUUCAAAUAUAUACCGAUACGUGAUGAGGAAAAGGUGGAAUUAACAGCAUUGAUGGAGAAGGUACCGAUACCUGUUAGAGGCCAUGAACAAGAGCCAGCUAGUAAAGUAGCCGUACUAUUACAAAGUUACAUAUCAAGGUUCGAUCUUGAAGGAUAUGCAUUGGUAUCCGAGAUGACAUUUAUUACACAAAAUGCGGGCCGUAUCCUAAGAGCACUGUAUGAAAUUGCACUCAGCAAUUCGUGGAGCCAAUUGGCACAAAGGCUAUUCGAUUUCUGUAAAAUGGUAGAGAGACGCAUGUGGUCAGUUAUGCUGCCGUUGCGACAGUUCAAGUCACUACCUGAGGAGCUCAUGUUGAAGCUGGAGAGGAACGAUUUCACGUGGGAUAGAUAUUAUGACCUGAGUAGUGUGGAACUAGGUGAACUCUGCAGACAACCAAAAUUAGGUAAAACACUCCACAAAUUAAUACACCUAGUACCAAGGUUAGAGCUACAGGUGUUUGUGCAACCGAUUACAAGAGAAAUGCUAAGGGUAGAAGUGAGUGUUACGCCAGAUUUCCAGUGGGACCCUAAACUACAUGGCAGUAAUGAACGAUUUUGGCUAUUUGUUGAAGAUGGAAGCGGAGAAAAAAUAUUACACAGCCAGACGUUUGUCCUGCUACCUUUCACAACUGGAAAUAUAGAAGAUAUAUCCGUUUUCUUCACUGUAGAAAUAGCACACCCACUAUGCUCACACUAUUUCCUGAGGGUCAUCUCGGAAAAAUGGAUAGGAAGCGCUUCGAAAGUAUCAAUCAGCUUCAGCAGACUUAUACUACCAGAGAAAGCACAACCUUUCACAGAACUUUUCGACCAACAGCCAAGACCAAUAUCAUCAUUGAUGAACUUACCUGGAGAAUUGAUAACGUUAAAUAGGACAUUCUUCCGUAAGGCCUUUGGGGAAGAGCACUUCAAUGCUAUACAGACUAGAGUGUUCGACACCGUGUAUUCACAAUCGGAUUCAGUGUUGCUAUGCGCUCCUAGUCGUAGUGGGAAAUUCACAUGUGCAGAAAUUGCUAUUGUAAGGUGCCUAUGUACAUCUGAAAACGCUACUGUAGUAGUAAUUUCACCGUUCAAAAGCGUCGUUAACCAACGUUUAGAAAGGCUACAACAUAAAUUUGGGGAUAUUUGCCAAGUUAAGGCACUAGUAGGGGAUGUAAAAACAGACCUUGUGACAAUAGCACAGUCAACCAUAGUAGUUUGUACGCCGAAACAAUGGGAUUUCGUAUCGAGGCGGUGGAAAAGUAAACAAUGUCUACAGAAUGUGGAUCUUUUUAUAGUUGAAAAUCUAGAAUUAAUAGACGACCAAACUGUGGGACCAGAAAUUGAAGUCGCUAUAAGCCGUAUGAGGUUUAUAGCGGCACAAUUAAACUAUCAUACCAGGAUUAUAGGACUAGCUGGACCUAUAUCGAAUCCGUUGGAUAUAGGAGGUUGGAUAGGAGCUAACGGUUCGACAACAUUUAGUUUCAGACCAAACUCACAUAGAGUAGUGGCGCCAAAAUUCACUAUACAAUCGUUCGAUCAAUGGGAUAAUGAAACAAGAAGGUUUGCAAUGUUUAAUAGCGCUUGCAACUUUGUAUUGUCACAAUUCAGAGAAAAUAGUGAUGACGAAUGCUCAGCUCUCAUAUUCACAGUAGACCGUAGGUUCUGCAGACUAUUGGCUAUGGAAAUCCUACUAGCUAUGGAGUACCACACAGGCUCUGCAAUGUUAGAAAAUUAUAUGGAUGAACAACAUAGUGCCACUUUUGCUAAACUCACGGCACGAGAACGUGCCCUCGGUAAACUGGUAGAAGGCGGGGUGGGAUAUUGCCAUGAAGGGUUUAGUGAAGCUGAAAUUAAAGGAAUGCAAGAUCUAUUUAGACGUGGAGCCAUCAAAGUAUUAGUUCUAACAGCUUCGGUUAUAUGGUCAAUGGCAGUACAUGCGCCACUGGUAGUAAUUGCUGAUGUCUCGGUAUCCGCAACCAAUAGGCCAAUAUCGCAGGGAAUAUACCCACAAAGUGACCUAUCACGUAUGUUGAGCUGUGCCUACGUCCCAGAGGACAUACAAACUAUAAAACCACAUGCUUUGGUACUAUAUGAGACUAGUAAGCGGAGACAUCUAUACAAACUUUUAGAAGAUGCAUUCCCCGUAGAAAGCUGCUUGGAAUCAAGGAUAGAGGAACUGAUGAAUGCGGAGAUCGUACAAGGAGCAGUGGAAAAUGCACAAGAUGCUAUAGAUUGGCUUACAUGGACUUUGUACUACAGACGGUUACCUAAGAAUCCUAACUUCUACUCUUUACAAGGAGUUAGUGCACAACAUCUAAGCGAACAUCUGAGUGAAAUUGUGGAAUCAGCAUUCUCAGGACUGGAAAAAGCACAAUGUCUAUCUAUUGCAGAUGAUCAUGUAGCACCCCUAAACCUAGGAUACAUCUCAGCAUUCUACUACCUGAGAUGCUCAACUAUAGAUACAUUUGCACGAUCCGUCACCCAAGAUGCGGAUAAAUAUUAUAUCAUCGAGCUACUUUCAAAUGCACAAGAAUUUAACGAUAUUGUUAUCAGACCGGGAGAACGUAUAGGCACCCAUCAAUUGAUUGAAGUAACGAAUAAGGUCAAAGAAUUGCUAAUAGCACAUAUGCAAAGAACACCGCUAACCAACGAUCUGCAAACGGAUCAAGCUGUAAUACUAGAAAGGAUACCACCGUUGUUAUGUGCAUUAGUGGAUGUUCUCAGCAGCAAUGGAUGGCUCACGCCGGCAUUGCUAGCUAUGCAACUAAGUCAAAGAUUGAUACAGGCUAUGGAUAUAACAGAUAGCCCACUAAUGCAGUUGCCAUACGCUAACCAAAAAUGGAUUGAACAAGCAAAUAAAAUAGGUAUCAUGGACCUAUUCGAUCUAAUGAGCAUGGAGGAUGAUGAUAGGGAUCGAUUGCUCAGUUGUUUCACACCACAGCAGUGCGCAAGUAUCGCAGCGGUAUGUAAUGCCGUGUCUGUGCUGAAUGUACAAUGCGCCCUCAGUACGGAAACUGCAACACCGCAACAACCAGUACAAAUGGUACUCAACAUAGAACGCGAAGGUGAUAUGAACGCAGUACACGCGCCACUGUUCCCCUUGGAACGUUUGGAACAGUGGUGGGUGGUAGUAGGUGAGCCUUCACUGAAGCGUAUACUCGGCAUCAAACGCGUAUCGCUACCCAAAAGCAAUAACACACUGAGUAUCGACUUUGAGGCACCUGCAACCGCUGGGAAACAUGAACUAACAGUGUACGUUGUUAGCGACUCGUACGUAGCAACGGACCAACAGCAGGUGAUCACACUGGAAGUUAAGGGAUAA